UGUGUGGAACUAGAGCGGAGUUAAUUCAUGCAGAAGAGUUUGUCUCGCAAGUGGGAGUGCUGAGCAGAGGGAAGAAACCUAAAAUCCUCUCUAACUUUCCAGAUUCCCUGCAGGACUUUGUUGCAUGCUGUGCUGGUGGGAGCUUGUCAGCCCCUCGGGAACGGAGCAGGGUGAAGCAGGGCAGGCUGCGUAGCAACUACAUUGCGAAGUGGUAACAAUUCCCAAGUGGGGCAGUAACAAAAUCGAUUUUUCUCCCCUUCAGCUUGGCAGCUCUCCAGGAACUCCACUAUCUCACGCUGGGGGAAAUGCCUCAGCUGAAGUUUCUCUAGCUCCAGCUUCGUGAAUAAAGACCUGUCGCUUUGGAGUUACUUACAGCAGCUCUGUCACUACUGACUCAUCCAUCCGCUUCAAGAAAAUGUUUGCCGUCCACUUGCUAGCUUUCCAUUUCACAAAGCUAAAAGAGGAUCAAAUAAAAAAGGUUGACAGGUACCUGUACCACAUGCGCCUCUCUGACGAUGUCUUGCUGGACGUGAUGGCUCGCUUCCAGGCCGAGAUGGUGAAGGGCCUGGGGAGAGACACCAACCCCACGGCAACAGUUAAAAUGCUGCCGUCAUUUGUGCGCUCGCUUCCCGAUGGCUCAGAGAAGGGUGACUUCCUUGCUGUUGACCUGGGUGGCUCCCAGUUUCGUGCCCACCAGGUGAAGGUGUUUGAUGACGGGAAGCAGAGCAGCCAGCUGGAGAGCAAGUUUUACCCCACACCCAAGGAGGUCAUACAGGGGAACGGAGCUGAGCUCUUCGAUUACAUUGCUGAGUGUCUGUUAGACUUCACGGAGACCAAAAACCUGAAGCAUAAGAAAUUGCCUCUUGGCUUUACAUUUUCUUUUCCAUGCAAACAGACCAAAUUGGACGAGGGGGUUCUUCUUGCCUGGACGAAACACUUCAAGGUCCGUGGAGUUCAGGACACAGAUGUGGUCAGCUCUCUGCGCAAGGCCCUCCAGAAACAUAAGGACAUAGACGUUGAUGUUUUGGCACUGGUCAAUGACACUGUGGGAACCAUGAUGACUUGUGGAUAUGAUGACCAGCGCUGUGAAGUUGGACUCAUAAUUGGGACUGGCACCAACGCCUGCUACAUGGAGGAAAUGAGGCACAUCGAUCUGGUGGAAGGUGAUGAAGGCAGGAUGUGCAUUAACACGGAGUGGGGGGCCUUUGGAGAUGAUGGUGCUUUGGACGACCUCCGCACAGAGUUUGAUCGGGAGCUCGAUCUGGGAUCUCUCAAUCCUGGAAGACAAUUGUUUGAGAAGAUGAUCAGCAGCCUGUAUUUGGGCGAACUUGUAAGACUCAUUCUCCUAAAAAUGACAAAGGAGGGUCUGCUCUUCAAUGGGAAAGUGUCAACAGCUCUGCUUACUAAGGGCAAGAUCGAAAUGAAACAUGUGUCUGCAAUGGAAAAAUACAAGGAAGGUCUGAGCAACACAAAAGAGAUCCUUACAGAGCUGAACCUGUUUCCCUCUGAAGAGGACUGCAUCGCCGUGCAGCAUGUCUGCACCAUCGUUUCCUUCCGCUCGGCCAACCUCUGUGCUGCUGCCUUAGCAGCCAUCCUGACCCGACUGAGAGAGAAUAAAAAACUGUUAAGGAUGCGAACCACGGUUGGGAUUGAUGGGGGACUCUAUAAAACUCACCCCCAAUAUGCCAAACGUCUGCACAAGGUGGUGAGAAGGCUGGUCCCAAACUGUGAUGUUCGGUUCCUCCUCUCUGUGAGCGGCAGUGGGAAGGGGGCUGCCAUGGUCACAGCGGUGGCAUACAGGCUGGCCGCUCAGCGCAAGCGAAUCGAUGCCGCUCUCGCACCUUUUCUGCUGUCCCUGGAGACCCUCCAAGAAGUUAAGAACAAAAUGAGGACUGAGCUGGAAUAUGGGCUAAAGCGAGAGACACAAGCCAGUGCCUCAGUGAAGAUGUUACCCACGUAUGUCUGUGGGACACCAGAUGGAACAGAGAAAGGAAAGUUCCUUGCCCUUGAUCUCGGUGGGACAAAUUUCAGGGUUCUGCUGGUCAAAAUCAGAAGCGGGAGAAGAAGAUCAGUGCAAAUGUAUAACAAAAUCUUUGCCAUUCCUUUGGAGAUCAUGCAAGGGACAGGGGAAGAGCUCUUUGACCAUAUUGUCCAGUGCAUAGCAGACUUUCUGGAGUAUAUGGGGAUUAAAGGUGCUCGACUGCCUCUGGGCUUCACCUUCUCCUUCCCGUGCAGACAAGCCAGCAUUGACAAGGGAACACUUGUGGGAUGGACAAAAGGUUUCAAGGCAACAGACUGCGAGGGGGAGGAUGUUGUUGAUAUGCUGAGAGAGGCCAUCAGGAGAAGAAAUGAGUUUGACUUGGACAUUGUAGCAGUGGUGAAUGACACCGUUGGGACAAUGAUGACAUGUGGAUACGAGGAUCCAAACUGUGAGAUUGGCCUUAUCGCAGGAACAGGCAGCAAUGUGUGCUACAUGGAGGACAUGAAAAACAUAGAAAUAGUGGAAGGGAAUGAAGGAAAAAUGUGCAUUAAUACAGAAUGGGGAGGAUUUGGUGACAACGGCUGCAUUGACAACAUCAGAACAAAAUACGAUAAAGAAGUAGAUGAAGGUUCACUAAACCCAGGGAAACAGAGGUAUGAAAAAAUGACCAGUGGAAUGUACCUAGGUGAAAUAGUAAGGCAAAUUUUGAUUGACUUAACCAAACAAGGACUGCUGUUCAGAGGACAGAUUUCGGAAUCACUCAGGAAAAGAGGCAUAUUUGAAACAAAGUUCCUGUCUCAGAUUGAGAGCGACCGCCUUGCCCUCCUCCAAGUCCGGAGAAUUCUGCAGCAGCUCGGCCUGGACAGCACGUGUGAAGACAGCAUCAUUGUCAAAGAGGUGUGUGGAGCUGUUUCAAAAAGAGCUGCCCAGCUCUGCGGGGCAGGACUGGCAGCUAUUGUAGAGAAGAAGAGAGAAAACCAAGGUGUGGAGCACUUGCAAAUCACCGUUGGAGUAGAUGGGACUUUGUACAAGCUCCAUCCACAUUUUUCUAGGGUCCUGCGGGAAACAGUGAAGGAACUGGCACCUCAGUGUGAUGUGACUUUCAUGCUUUCUGAAGACGGAAGUGGGAAGGGAGCUGCCCUCAUCACUGCAGUAGCAAAAAGAUUGCAUAAUGUUGGACAGAAGUAAAAGUGAGAGGUCAAGUCAUUUCAGCACUGCCAGGCGUGUGCACUAGAGAUUUGCUGAGCGGUGAUUCAAGAUAGCUUUGCCAGACACCAGUACACAGGUACCCGUUUUCAGGGAGCAGGUGUUUUUUCACCAACCAGGAUUGUGGAUUUUUGUCCUUUGAUAACUUGGAUCAGGUGUUUCUGCUCCCCACUGGCAUUGUGUCUUGGCAUACUGCAAUCUACUCAGUUCUGUACUUCAUGCAAUGCACCUAUAAUGCACAUGGGAGAGUGAAAACUAAACAAACAAACAAACAAAUCAACCCCAAAUAUGUCUUUUUACAAUGCCUUAAUUAAGCUACUGCACCACAACUGAGUUUAUCACCAGUUUCUUAGGAUUUGUGUGUGGUUUAGUUUUGGCUUAGCCUGGCUCAAGGAAUAUUGAGAUCCUGAUGCUGCACCUAUCUAGUGGACAUAUUUGUUCAAUGCUUCACAGGUUUUACUAUAAAUUUGCAGGUAAAAUAAAUUAAUGGACUUUGGUCAGUGAUGCUCCCCCCCCUCUGCUACACUGGUUGCAAGUGUAUUGUAAUGUAAUACUUCCCUGAGUACGGGAGGCAUGUUUAAUGAUGAAUGUAAAGAAAAAAAAAUUAUUCCACAAAAUACCAGUUUAUGUCAAAAUACGUUAGUGCAUCUGAGUGCACAUAAACCUCAACCAAUGCUGGAUGGAUUCUGACUGUGACUGAUUCUUUUGAUACUGGGGAAAAAGAGAAUGUAGAAGCAGCUACAGGGUCUGCUGUGUCUAUGUCAGGGCUACGUAGAAAGUAUCAAAUCUGUUCAUCUUUGGCCUGCCAAAAUAGCUGUGUAGAGAGAAGAAAAAUCACCUGAAUUUCUGGAAUUCUUCUCUUUGUUUUCCUUCAGUUAUCUCCUUGCCUGUUCAUGAGAGGAUAGUUUUCAUUUUGUGGAAAGGAGUUUAUCCUUGUUUUUCAUUUUCUGUUGCUUUCUGCUCUGCCUGUCUGUAGUCUGUUGAUAAUAAAUCUGUGACGCUGUGAGCCUUUGAUUCUCUGUUUAGUGUCUCUUCUGAGUUGUGGGAAGAACAUGCAGACAAGUGGGAGCUUUCUUUAGACGUAUCUAUAACAGUACCCAGCAGCAUUGCAGUUAUUAUGAAGAUGGCUUGCAGAUAGAGCCCGUGCCCUUGUGUGACCAAAUGUCCCUCACGUGAUUUAACCAUUUUGGAAUAAACUGAAACAAUAAUAUGGUACAGAGAAGCAGCAGAUCUGUAGCCUGCUGUUCUCUGUUUUCAAGUAUUCCUGUAUCUCCUUUAAUCCUCUCUUCUUGGGUAUUUGCUUCCUUUCAGACUGGCAGCAGAAAGUGAGGCCAAGAAAUGUGCUUUAAGCCUAGUCAGGUCAAAAGUAACUGUCGUGCAGGGGGAUAAGCAGUUGGGUUUGUGUAAUAAUCUGUAGCAAGGCUGAUGGGUUUAAAUUUAGCAAUAGCAAAUUCAACAUUUGAAGCUACAGACGCUUCCCAUUUUGUCAUUUUUAAAAGAAACAUGUCAACAACUCUGUGUCUGUGUCGGAGUCGCUGGAUGGAUAAAAAAUAGGGCUUGGAAAUAACUUUCACUUCUGAAGGAAUUCCUCAUGGUACUGAGCUCACUAUACUAAACAGUUGGGAAGAGACAAGUUGUGAACUCGUAUUACGUUUAGUGUUUCCCUCCUUUUGUCGAGAAACUUAAUAUCUUACUUUUUCUUUAUAUUUCAGAAUCCACAGAGCUGCAUAAACCAAAGCUUGCUAUGUAGUGGGGGCAGAGUUAUUUGGAACGGAUAUUUUUUUCCUGGUGAUGAAGGGGCUAAAUUUAGAGGGGCUGGGUAAUAGAAGAAAAAAACAUCAGGUCCUGGGGCUAUGUGGGUCCUAGAAUAGCUCUUCUGCAUUGGCUGUUUCUCCCCUUGGCACUUUGAAAUUUUGUACUAUCUGUGUAGUUUUGGGUCCUUUUUUGGGGGAGUGGAUUGUGCUAAUCUGCGAAAGCGCACCUGUGGAUGAAGUGUGUCUCUGUGUACCUGGAAUGAGGUGCCAUGGACUUGCCCCAGGAUGGCCACGUGAGUAUGGUGCAGAGUAUCUUUUGCACUUUUAUCCUAAACAAGGUAAACCCCUUGCAUGGAUCCUUGCUUUAAAUUUAGAAAGCAAUCCUGUAUUGCUUUGGUUUUUUAGGCGUCUUUGGCAAUUAAAUAUUUGCACAGAGUCAGUUUUCACCUCAGCAGCCGUUAUUCUUUUUCUGCAGUAGUUUAGGCCCACACAAUAAUAUUUUUUUGCCUCUGCAGUUUUUUACCAGUGAGUCUGUGGGUGUUGUGGAAUCCGAUCACAUGAACCUGAAACUGCUCACAAAGUGCUCUGCGACCUACAGCUUCUUGUUGAGGUCUCUAAUGCCCAGGACAUACAUUCACUUGCCUUUUCUGCAGGCUGCUGGCUUGCUCUGAAGCCAGGCGGCUCCCACGCGGCUCUGAUACGCAUCUGCCAGGCGAGGAGAUGGCAUCCAAGCUGGGAAGGCUGCUGCUUUCUGAAAGGGAAUGAGCAAAGAUUCACUGGGCAGCCCUGGAGAAGGGAAGGAUUGGCUACUGCGGGAUUUUACCGAGCACACAAACUUCCCUCGUAGUUUCCCAGGGAUCCCAUAAACACACAGAUGCUUCGGCUGACUCUAAACCAGAACAUUCUCCAUCUGGGUAAUGAUGCAGCAUCAUGCUCCUGGUUAUGUCGACUUGUGGAAACUCAAGGACUGUUGCAAACUUGCAAUCUCCCUUGUAUAGAUUUUAAGCCACUGGACCAAAACCCUCCUCUGCACAUCAUAUAAGGUGAUUCAGAUUAAAGCCCUGGCUGAAAAUAAAAGUAGAGGCCUUCCAUUAAAUGUAAUACAGCAUAUGAUAUGCUGAAAAUUAUG